AUGAACUACUGGCAACGGAACCUACAGGGCUUCGACUCAGCUCCCUUCCCACCAACUAUGCCGUCGGUCGAGCAGCCUGUCGCAGACGCGGCUAUUGCGCACAGCUUUGCCACUCCAAGCGGUAACCACGGAUACAUCACAGCAUCCAUACUCAUCCGGGCGGCGUUGGCCUUAGUCGUCGCACGAAUGGCCGACUCAAAUAAUAUCAUCUUCGGCUCUACCCUACACGGUCGUAAUACGGCCGUAACCGGCCUAGAUAAAAUGGUGGCCCCGGCAAUUGCGACGGUCCCAGUGCGCGUGAGGUUCUACAGCACCCAGUACGUGUCCAGCUAUCUCCAGGUCAUUACACAGGAAGCGGCCAAGGUAAUGCCCUAUGAGCAAACGGGUCUACAGAGGAUCGCCGCCGUAUCUUCUAAUGCAGAGAAGGCCUACAAGUUCCAGACCCAUGUCGUCAUUCAACCCGAGGAUUGCAUCCAGGGCAAAAGCCUUCUAGGCCAGUAG